UUAGCGCGUUCAAUCAAACAAACAAACUAUUCAACUUUAUAUUUGUUUUUGUACAUUGUUGGUACAGAGUACUUAAGUAAUUAAGAUAAAUUAUCGUGCUGAAAAUUAUGAAGCUAUAAUACCAGCUAAUAAAUCUAACGAUACAGUUCAAUUAAGGCGUUUAUUGAAGCGAUUAAGGUUACAUAGGCUCAAGAGAGAUUAGAAACCUAAGCACGUGUGUUUUUGGCUAACAAUUAGAGUAAUUAGUUCAAUGACUGACCUUAAGGUAACAGCUACUUUCAAAUCGAAUACCUUGAGUAACAAAUCCUGUUUUACAGCAAUUACACGUGUUAUAUCAGCCAGCACAUGAUCGCAUGUUUCCAACACAUUAGGGACAUGAAAAAGCUUGGCCUUAACAAAUUCUUGUUGAAUCAAACGAUUAGAUCUAAAAUUGAUUGGAUUUUGGUGAUGAUAUGUGCUAUUAAAUUACAUGUAUGCUAAUAAGUGCCCGUUAAUUCGAUGUUAUAAUUAUUCUAACGAGCUGUAUUGAUGAGGUUCGAUAGCAAAUCAUUGCAGAAAAGAACGUACAAAUUCUUUUAGUAUUUUUAUUGGAAUUACAGGUUCCAGGAAGUUUUUUAGUCGGUCUAAGUUCGACAUUCUGUCAUUUCGUGUGAACAAAGUCCCUAUAGGUGUAAAAAUGCUUCUUGCCAAUAACAAUUUUCAAGUUAAUCAUAACGUUUCAUGUGACACCAAUAGAGAACGACAUUAUAAUAGAGGUAGGCAAUGUUCGAAGGUUGAAUACAGCCAUGAUAUGGACCCAACGAGGAUUUCGUCACGACUAUCGGGAUUGCCCAACGGUUAAAAUGUUAGAGAUACAAAUGAGCCACGUGAUUAGGCAAAAUUUAUAGAUGCUUUACCAUGAAAUAAUUAUUUUCUUAAUCCAAUGGUUAAGUCAAGGCCUAAUGAAUAUGCCGCAUCUUUCCUUUUCAAAGGGAUUUGAGAUCAGCGUAUUCUUUGGAUCUAAAUAAUUAAAUCAUUUGGAUUUCAAGACAGUAUUGUAUAGUCAUACGAGUAUAUACAGUCGUGACAAGAGCAAAACUCAAAGUGGACUUAGAACAACAAAAAAAACAGACUAGUUUAGUUAGCCACAAGUUACACCUUGAGCUAAAUUCACAAAAUGUUUCCCUUCCUACAUUUUACAAAAAAAAACUUAACUUUAUUUUACAACAUCCUUAACACGAUGUAUCGUCCUAAAUCAUUAGCCUAUUAACAUUGACCGUUGUCGAGCAACCAGGCGGUUGUGCAAGCGGCGGGCGCAGGCGCGGCGCUGAGCUGCGCCCGCGCAGUUCGCCAGUGAAUGGAAACCCACAUGGUGUCGUGAACAGUGAGACCUCUCGUGACAUAGUGCUGUGCUCGUUUUUUCAGGGAUAUAUAAUGCUGUACUGAGCAACAAUGGGUGUGGUAUCUGUGGCUUCAGCGGCCGCCAAGUCGGCGCUCGCGAUCGGUGGGCUCAGCAAGCUCACCUUCAUCCCAGUCAUGCUAGCAGCCAUGGCUUACUUCAACUACGAAACACUCGAUCCUGAACAGAGGCCCUUUAACCAGAAAUAUCUUAGAGAGAAAUACGACUUUAUUGUAGUAGGAGGAGGCUCUGCCGGCUCUGUUCUAGCUAACAGGCUGUCAGAAGUCGAAGGAUGGAAUGUCUUGCUGCUGGAGGCUGGAGGCCACGAAACUGACAUCAGCGAUGUGCCGCUACUAUCUCUGUAUUUACAUAAGAGUAAAUUGGAUUGGAAAUAUCGUACUCAGCCGCAAGACACAGCAUGCCAAGCUAUGAUAGACAAACGCUGCGCUUGGACAAAGGGCAAGGUGUUAGGGGGAUCAUCGGUCUUGAACACUAUGCUCUACAUCCGAGGGAAUAAACGAGACUUCGACCAAUGGGAGUCCUUCGGAAACCCAGGGUGGGGAUUCGAAGACAUUUUGCCUUACUUCAAGAAGUCACAAGAUCAACGAAACCCCUACUUAGCUAGGGACAAAAGACAUCAUGCCACUGGAGGCUAUCUGACUGUACAAGAUUCACCAUACAACACACCUAUAGGUGCAGCACUCCUACAAGCGGGCGAAGAAAUGGGCUAUGAUAUAAUUGAUGUAAAUGGGGCGCAACAAACCGGCUACGCAUGGUACCAGUUCACUAUAAGGAGAGGCACUAGGUGCUCCGCGGCCAAAGCUUUCUUAAGACCAGUCAGAUUACGUCAAAACCUUCACAUUGCCCUUUUCUCGCACGUAACGAAAGUGCUAAUCGAUAAGGAUACUAAGAGGGCUUAUGGAAUUGAAUUUCUUAGAGAUGGAAAGAGACAGGUAGUUUAUGCCACAAGAGAAGUAAUACUGGCUGCUGGUGCCAUUGCUUCGCCGCAACUCCUCAUGUUAUCAGGGGUGGGGCCCGCAGAGCAUUUGCAAGAGGUGGGAGUUGAUGUGAUCCAUGAUUCUCCAGGAGUUGGAAAGAAUUUGCAGGAUCACAUCGCUGUCGGUGGUAUCAUAUUUAGAAUAGAUCAUCCUGUUAGUUUAGUCAUGAACCGUCUAGUAAAUAUAAAUUCUGCUUUGCGCUACGCCAUCACUGAAGAUGGACCUCUUACUUCAAGCAUAGGUUUAGAAGUUGUUGCUUUUAUUAAUACUAAAUACGCUAAUGCUACGGACGAUUGGCCGGAUAUUGAGUUUAUGAUGACGUCAUGUUCUACUCCAUCUGAUGGUGGCACUCAAGUAAAGAGGGCGCACAGUCUCACUGACGAUUUCUAUAACGAAGUGUUUGCUGAAGUGAACAAUAAAGACGUAUUUGGAAUAUUCCCUAUGAUGCUUAGACCCAAGAGUCGAGGAUUCAUAAAAUUACGAACCAAAAAUGCAUUAGAUUAUCCUAUUAUGGUUCAUAACUACUUGACGCAUCCUGACGAUGUUGGAGUUUUAAGGGAAGGUGUGAAGGCUGCCAUUGCUGUAGGAGAAACAACAGCCAUGAAGAGGUUCGGUGCUAGAUUCCACAGCAAGCCAUUACCGAAUUGCAAACAUCUACCUCCAUUCACUGACGAAUAUUGGGAUUGUUAUAUCCGUCAGUAUACUAUGACAAUUUAUCACGUAUCUUGUACAGCUAAGAUGGGACCGUCAAGUGAUCCAAUGGCGGUUGUCGAUCCUCGACUAAAAGUGUACGGUAUUGAAGGCCUGCGCGUGAUAGAUGCGAGUAUCAUGCCCACCAUAACAAACGGCAACAUCAACGCUCCUGUGAUGAUGAUCGCUGAAAAGGGAGCAGAUAUGAUCAAGGAAGAUUGGGCAAGUAGCCCAGUAAAAGCCAGGAGGACUCGUCGAUCAGCAAAAUGUGACAUGUUACGAGAGCUAGGAUUAAAAAGUGAUAGACUUAAGAAAUACUGCAAGACCGGAAGAUGAUGGUAAAGAAAUAUAGGUCAAUACUAAGCCAUAUUUUAGAUGUAAAUUAUGUACAAUGGGUGAUACCAAAUACGUACAUGUUAAGCUGGAGAGGCAAAGCAAUUUUAAAUAAUUUAUAUAAUAAUAUGUGUGUAUAAGUCUAGCACUAGUUUUAGACGAGAUUAUGACGUUUGGUUUAGGCGAUGUGAGAAAUACGCGUUGAAGUACAUUGCAAGAACGAGCAACUGUGCAAUCAUAAGUGCCCGAUCUUCUUCGGCAAUGUAUUGCAACCUAUACAAAAUCUCGUCCACCGUCUAUCUCAAACUUCAUCAUAAUUAUAAGUGUAUUGAUGUGUACAACCCGUACCUCAUUACUGAAGUUACCGUGGUCAUUCUAGUCUGUCACCGUACAUGUAAACUGUUAAUAUAGAAAGUACAGUCAUACGACAUUACAGUCUUAUUGUAAUUAAAUAUUUCAUUCACACAUUUGGAGUCUAGCAGAGUACAGACUUUUUGGCAAAGUCCGACAACCAGUCUUACUAAGGGGUAUCGUGUUGUUCAGAUAUCUCGGUUGAGGAGUUCAGAUAGGCAGUCGCUCCUUGUAAAGCACUGGUGUUUAGCUGCAUCCAGUUAAACUGAACCCCAACAUAGUUGGCACUAGGAUUGGUUGGGGCUUUAAGAGUACACCGGGGGUCUACCACCAUCUUGUAGUGUAGAUUGUCGCAGUAUUGAAAGAGAACCAGCUUAUUUGUAGUAGUACCCCUAAGACAUACACGACUAACUGCUCUAAAAUGAUUUUCUUGUUACUUUGACCAACCCCCUGAAACUAUUGAGCUAAAAGUCUGUAUGUCAGCGAGGACUCCUAGGUUAAGCUAUUUUUGUAUAAGUUUGAGGUAUAAGGUUUAUUAGGAAAUGUCAUUAUGCUAAGUACAUUAAGGUGAUUGUAAAUACCUAUUUAGAAACAUUCCUGUUAAUUUUAA